UGUAGAGCCAGAGGGGGGCGCAGGAUGGAGUGUUCCUGGAAGACAGUGCUGCUGCUGGUGUGUGCCUCUCUGGGGGUCCAGUACACGGCCAUCCGCACACUGAGGGACUCGCUGUCUGGACCCUGCCAGGGAGUUUACCGCUGUCAGAGCAGACAUCACAGAGACUCCAGAUGGAGAGCGUUGUGUGACGACAGUUGGAUUCCCGUGGCGUCGCCUAGGAAACACAUCCUGCUGUUUGCCACCACACGCAGCGGCUCCUCCUUCACGGGCCAGCUCCUCAACCAGCACCCGGGGGUUUUCUACGUGUUCGAGCCUCUCUACCACGUCCAGCAGGCCUUCACUAAUUCCAGCAGCAGGCUGCGUCGCACCCUGGACCGCCGGGCCCUGCUGGGAGCGUACAGGGACCUCCUCCUCAAUCUCUACACAUGCGAUCUUCACUUCAUGGAGAAUUACAUCCGCCCAGAGCCCCAAGAUCACGUCACAAGCUCCUUCUUCCGCCGAAGCUCCAGCCACGCCCUCUGUUCCCCUCCCGUGUGCCUAGAGGGAGGAGAUGCAGCCGCCCCUGAGCCGCCGGAUGAAACCUGGUGUCCGAAGAAGUGUGGAGCCUUAAACCUCACUUUAGCUUCAAUGUCGUGUCUGUCAAGAGGACACGUGGCCAUAAAGACUGUGCGGGUCCCUGAGGUGGGGGAUCUGCGGACCCUGACUGAAGAUCCGCGCCUGGACCUGAAGAUAAUCCACCUGGUGCGGGACCCCAGAGCCAUUCUUGCCUCCCGCAUAAUGGCGUUUUCAGAUCAGUUCCGCGCUUGGAAAAUCUGGAAUGCAACUGGACGGCAACCCCGAUACGUGGACCUGUCACAAAUUACCAGCACCUGCAAGGACAUGGUUGCCUCUGCAGAAACGGGCCUGCGGAGACCUGCGUGGCUGCGGGGACGCUACUUACUGGUGCGGUACGAGGACCUGGCGUUCAAACCAAAGGACAAGGCCACAGAGAUCUACAGGUUUGCAGGGCUGGAAACAGAGGACAGGGUGAACAUGUGGAUUGCAAAGAACACCAACAGCAACGUGUCCUCCACGUCCGACUGGAGCUACAGGUACUCCACCACCAGGGACUCCAGAGCGACAGCAGAGAGCUGGAGGCUGCGGCUCGGCUUCGACAUCGUGAGGACCGUGCAGAAUCUGUGCAACGACACUCUGGCCCUGCUGGGAUACAAGCGUGUUCACUCCGCAGCAGAGCUCAGAAACUUGUCCCACAGUUUAGUGGAACACAGGACUUUUCACCCAGUCACAUGAUGGAUGUGUUAAAGGUUUCCAAAAAUCUUUUUUAUUUAUCUAUCAUUCUGUUUAUGUAUUUAUUCCUUUAUUCUAUGUAUUUAUUCAUGUAGUGAUUUGUUUUAUUUAUUUAUUUAACUUAUUUAUUAAUUUUGCUGGGUCACUUUUCUGAAAGAAUGAACAUAUUUAAUCUCAUUCUUGAAUAAAACUAAAAGUAAUUUCUUAUUGUUUUUCCCCUUAUUAUGGUUUUGCUGAAGAUAUUAAAGGUGCCAAAUUUCUAUUGUCUGUGGUGCAGAAUAAAUUCAUCAGUAUACUGCUGUACAUUUUGAUUGAAAAAUUAUUACAGAUUGUUCAUAUCGUGUGGUUUUUAUCACACAGAAACAUGCACACACACGCAAUUCAAAGAGUCUCUGUACUAUUUCAGAGCAAAUCUGACCUUUAGCCAGACAAAGCGUGAUGUUCCUGAACGUGAGACACACGGGAAGUGAACGGAGGAUUUAUUAGUUAAUAAAAGAAGAAGAAAUUAUAGGGCUCGGCUUCCAAGUGUCUAAUGCAUUUUGGUAGAGGAUUAAAAUGUCACAUG